AUGCUUACAAGGUCAGGCCGAUCGCCAGACCGUCCAGCUCUUCAUUUCUCAUCACCCUUCCGCAAUGGUCAGGAUUAUGACGAUGUCGACGAAUAUGAUGGAGAAGAUGGUGACGAAACAGCCGAUGCACCUCUUCAAGUAAAUACCGACGAUGCUUCAGACUAUUAUCCGUCUGACGCUGAAGACGAAAAUCCAAACGGUCCCAAGAAACGUUUGACUCGGGGCAAUCUCGAUAUAUUCUCAUCAAGAGCAGCCCCAACAGUACUAGAAAUGCAAAACAGAUUUGGAAAUCAGGUCGCAUACGCAUUUGCAAACAUGAGACGUUACAAUACUACGGAGCGACGCUGGGUUGACAAGGGGCCAAUUAUUAUUUUCAUUAUAUUGGCAUUUCCUGCUCGUAUUACAGCCAACUAUUUGUACGGCACCAAGUCUUUGGCUCUGAAUUUACGAGUAUUUCCAUUCUUGGACUAUAUUCUACGUGUGAAUAGGCUUCGCGUGUGGUUUUCAACAUUUGGGGCAAACUCGGUCAACACCGCCACUGUAGAAGAAUUUCGAACAAAGGUCUCUGAAUACUACAGUACAGAGGUUGGAGAUAAUCGACAAAUCACCAUCGUAAAGACAGACAUUGUACCCACUCAAGAGGAUAGAGGUGCUCCAGUCUGUUUCAAAUUUGUGGAUCGAAAAUCGUUGGAGUUCUUUGUCAAUGCACUCAUUACGGUGUGCAAUAUAGAACGACAGCACUUGGAGCAACAACGAGUACAAUCAUUCCUUGAUCCACGACGUGUGAUGUCUUGCCACUCGAAACAAGAAUCAACGUCGCAACGGGUAGAGAUGAAUUGCCCGUAUCGAAGUCACCCUGACUUUGUGGGGAAGCUGGUUAGCAACGGAUGGAUGUACUUUCCCGUUGAAGAUGACAUCCGAGGCAGUUUCUAUACCAAUACUGGCACAAUGUGCCAAUUCUGUAAGGUGUUUUGUUCUGACUGGACUGAACGAAGCGAUGUUGCUCAAAAGCAUAGGGAGCUGUGUCUGGCGGAGGGCAAACUGUGUCCAUUUGGUGUCCCAGAGCAUGACUAUUGGCACAAUGGUACGCCAAGUGCUAUCGAACGACCUGGGAGAGCCUUCAGCUACCAGUAA